AUGCUCCACUUACGUCAACGGCGCUGCUACCGCUGGCGGCAUGCGCUCCCCCCAUUGCCGCGCAAUGCCCACCGACACUGCCAACGCACACCUCGUCGCCUGUCGAGCGCCGCGACGGAUCCAGCGCCCCGCCCGCCACUGCAGCAGAUGGUCAUGACCGAGUUGCGCGCCGUGGGGCAACUCGUGGGCGGCGGUCUCGUUGUGGUGACAGCGCUGUUGGCGUCCAGCGGAUAUGUGAUUGAGAGCGUCAAGCGACUGCACCCGCUGCCGCCUCCAGGUCUGCUGCUCGAGCUCGUCGGACGGGACGGCACUGUGAGCGACGUCCACGUGCAGCAACGCGGCAGCGGCGACGUGACGGUGUUGCUGGACGGCGGCGUGGGAGAGACGUCGUUUGACUGGGACAAAGUAUCGACCGACGUGGCGACGUUUGCGGCGGUCGUGAGCAUCGACCGUCCAGGAUUGGGCUUCUCCGCGCCUGGCGCACUGCCGCGCACGUCGACGCAAAUUGUCGACGAGUACAAACAGAUUCUGGACAAGCUGAACAUCACGGGGACCGUUGUGCUCGUUGCGCAUGGCGCAGGAGGGUACAACAUGCGGCAGCUGGCAGAGGAGCUGGCGACGGCACCGAGCGGGCGUCUCAAGUGUGGCGGACUCGUGCUCGUCGACGUGUUACAGGAAAACCUGCGUCGCGAGCUGGAGAGUGUGUCGGAUGUCGUGCACAAGUUGCUCUUGGAGAUGGAUGGCAAUGGCGACACGGUCUUGCGGCUUGCGCGCUUUGGACUCAUUCGGCUCAUUAAUCUUGUGCAACAUGCCAAGUUGCAAGCAAAGUUCACGGCCGCGGCGUUGCCGUAUGUCGAGUACUUUUUGCCGUCGCCAGCUCACCGCGAAGGUGCGUUGCGUGAGAACCAGGCUAUUCCAGAGACGGAGCAGCGGUUUCGCGAUUCGGUAUCGACCGCUACGCCGUUUGAGUUUCCGUGCGUUGUGCUAUCGCAUGGGAAAGCUGGUAUGUUUGACGGCAUGAAGAUGCAAGCGGGCAUCACCACCCGUAUGCUGGCAGAUUUGGAGCACAAGUGGCUAGACGCCCAGAUCAAGCUAGCGAACACAAUCAGUAAGCGAACUGCGCAUCUCGUGGUCAAGGACGCUGGUCACUGUAUUCACCACGAGAAGCCGGAAGAGAUUGUGAAGGCUGUUCGUGCCUUGGUGGACGAAAUUGGCGGCGAAGUUGGCGAGCAUCGAGGUCUGAUGGCACUCACGGACGACGCCUGA